AUGUCACUCUUUGGAGGAUUGAACCAGGGCGGGAUCACCAACUCGUCGUCGCAAGCCGGCAGCCUGUUUGGUGGACUGAACUCAAGACCUCCGGCAUCAAGUACUGGCGGUGGAUUGUUUGGGUCUCUGGGUUCGACGGCUACAUCGCAGCAGCAACCGCAGGGAGGCGUGCCAGCUUCAUCGCAGUCGAAACCGUCGAGUCUCUUUGGGGGUAGUUUAGGAGGGAGCACAUUAGCUGGUAGCGGAGGAUUUGGGGCCAGCACACAGCCAUCUGGUGGUGGUCUUUUUGGAGGAGGUACUACGUUGGGAUCGAAUUCGCAAACCCAACAGCCCAGUGGAGGACUUUUCGGGACAACCCAGCCACAAGGCUCGGCAUCUGUUUCUACAUCCCAAGCCGCCGGUCAACAAUCGCAGCAGAGUGGCCAGAACCACGCUUAUUUCGAUUCCAUACUGGAGAAGAGUCGGAAGAGGAUGUACGAUGAUACAGCUGGGGAGGGGCUGCCACAACUUCAGCUCGGGUUAGGAGAUCUUCGACAGCGGAUGAGGAGCCUGGGUCCGGGGGCACCAGAUCGAAGCGUGGAUGGCAAGGCGCAUUAUCUUCUUGCUGCUUCCGGUGUCGAUCCAGGAGCAGCAGUGAGAGAUUUGAAUCUUUUCAGCGCAGCAACUGGGAAAGCUGAGAGGGUACCGGCUCAACAGGCUGCUGAUACGGAUGUGGAAGGCUAUCUCGCAAACAUACAGACGCAAAACACACUGAGCAUGAUCUCUGAUGGCCUAGCACGAUCUACUCGCGAUUUCGACGCCUUCUUAGAAGAUAAUGUGACGAUGGAGUGGGAUGCUCAGCGCAAGAGGAUAUAUCAACAUUUCGGGAUCAAACCUAGAGAAGGCGCACCUACGCAUGGGCGAUCAACUUUCCGGACGUCUUCUUCCGAGUCAUCAGCUGGAUUUGGCCGAUCGAAACGAAGUAAAGCUGCCGCGCUGGCUAGCUCAAGGGCUUCUGGAGUUGGUGGCAUGAGUAGCUUUGGAAGGUCAAGUCUACAGAAGUCAGCUAUUGGAGCAGCAAGCUCUGUGGGAAAUCCAAGUCAACAGAUUUUUGCUGAUGUGGAGAAGAAGCUGGAGGCAGAUGGAGUCACCGCAACCCCUCCGGCGGACCGAUUCCAGCGGGAGAAACAGUUACGAUACGCUGAGAAGGUACAAGAGCUGAACCUAGUGAGGCUGGAAAAGCGCUGCUACCCAAUAUGCCACGAGUUCGCCAAAGUGGUUGACCAAGUGGGUGAACAACAUGGGCCAGACCUUGUUAAGGCAUAUAAAGCCUUGAUUGAGAUAGUCUCUGAGCCCGAGGCGAUUGAGCCACCCUCGGACCCAAUUGCAGUAAAGGAGCGCCAAUUUGCGACAGCCUACCUGGACGAAACGCCAUCCGAGGCCAAGAAUAUCGAAGUCAAGAAGAGGAUUCUACGUGGAGGUGCCAGGUGUCUUGAAAAUUUAGCUUUCGAAGAGAUGGAGUCUGUCCUCAACAAGAAUGCUCGAGAAGCGAACGUUGGGGGCAUACCCAAUGUGAUAAAUAAAUUGAAGGCUUACGUCCGGUUAUUGGCUCUAAAGAAGCGCCUUGUUGGCGAUAAUACCGACUUGCAGAUGCUUGGGAAUGACUAUGUCUGGGCACUAGUAUAUUAUCUUUUGCGGACUGGUCAUAUUCAAGAGAUCGUCGAAUAUGUGACCGCUAAUGCUGUCGCAUUCCGGGCCAUCGACCGCAACUUUGCUUCCUACAUUACGGACUACUGCAACAGCCCUGAUAGACGACUUCGCCGAGACCUUCAGGACCGCAUCACCAGCGAAUACAACCAACGCCUUCGCAUAGCCCCGGAGAACUCCAUCGAUCCGUAUAGAAUGGCCUGCUACAAAGUCAUCGGUCGCUGUGAUCUCAAGUCCCGAAAUCUUGAGGGUAUUAACCACACUGUGGAGGAUUUCGUUUGGCUUCAGUUAGCGCUUGCACGAGAGAUCAACCGGGUUGACGAGAUCGCCAAUGAAGUAUACGGGCUUGCGGACCUGCAGAAAACAAUGAAAGAAAUCGGUAGCAGAUUUUUCCUCAAAGGAGGCGCCGAAGUUGGCUGCUCCUUUGGGACUUUCGUUUUCUUCCAGGUUGCCUGCGGUAUGUUUGAGGAGGCUGUUUCGUACCUCUACCCUUACUCCUACGGCGAUGCCGUUCACCUAGCUAUAGCCGCAGAUUACUAUGGCUUGUUGAGAGUGUCUGACCCUAAUGCAAGUGGGGAGGAUCUGUUGAGCUACACCACGAGGGAGAAACCCCAAAUCAACUUUGGUCGCAUGAUUGGCUACUAUACUCGCGACUUCAGGGCUGCAAACGUCUCUGCAGCAGUUGACUACCUAGUCCUCCUGUGUCUGAACCAAGAUCUUCCUGGCCAAGCAGGCACUAAUCAAAUUACCUUAUGCCACGAAGCAUUACGGGAACUUGUUCUUGAAAGCAAAGAUUUCGCCUUGCUAUUGGGAGAUCUUCGUGGUGAUGGACAGCGUGUGAUGGGCCUGAUUGAAGAGCGCAUGCGCCUGAUUGGUCUAAGCCAGACGGACGACCUCGUACGGACCAUCACGAUGCAAGCUGCGAGUGCUGCAGACGACAACGGGCGAACGACCGACGCGGUCUUGUUAUACCACCUUGCAGAGGAAUAUGAUAAUGUGCUGGUCAUUCUCAAUCGGGCAAUGAGCGAAUCUUUGGCAGUGCCUCUCGGCCAAGAUACCUUACGAUUGGAACCACUGAAGCCGCAUCCCAAUCCCAGUUCUGAGCAAGUGAAGAAGGGUAGCCUUAGUCUGUCAUCCGUCGACGAUCCGGUAGUACUUGCUAGGAGCAUGGCUGUGUACUAUGGGGCCAAUAAGAUAUAUUUAGACCGGAUCAAACCAGACAAUAAACACGCAUGUUCUGUUUUAGUUAGUAUCGCUGAUAUAAGGAAGCUGGCCGAACAAGGGAACUGGUCUCUGGUACUGGAAGGUAUUAGCGCCGUCGAUAUCCUUCCCCUCGAGGCCAGGGGGGAUGCAAGUGUCAUCCGACGCUAUGCUGGCAAAUUCUCAUCGCUCCUUCAGCCAGUCGCAAAUAUUGUACCCAAUCUUCUCAUGUGGAGUAUUUUAGCAGCGAACCAGCUCCGUGAGAGCUUGAUGAGCAGCCAAUAUAGCGCGAAUGACGGCGCAAGGCAGAUGAUGAUCCAAGACAUGAAGCAGAAGAACAUGGACAUGACAACAUUUACGAGCCAGUUGAGAUAUAGAUUCCCAGCACAUCUCCAUGAGGCUCUGGCGCGGGCUCAAUCGGAAUAA